AUGAAUUUUCUGUUGGAUCCGACAGUGCUGCUGGAGGAAACUCCUGCACUGAACAGCUCAUCACCUUCUGGAGAUUAUUGCUGUCACCUUCCAGAAUUUAUUGUACAUUGGCCUAUUGGUGGAGCAAUUUGUAUGAACAAUCCUAAAAUCACUUCAAUAAAAUCGGGCAGGUUCCAGAAUUCCAGAGGCACUUCUUACCUGUUGAAGGAUAGUAUCCCAAUUACUGAAUUUUCAGCUUCAGGACCAUUUGAAGGUCAUGAUCUUCUGCGCAGAGGCUUUACAAGUGUGAAAAAUGAAUUGUUGCCCAGCCACCCACUGGAGUUGUCAGAAAAAAAUUUCCAGUUAAAUCAAGAUAAAACAAACUUUGCCACGCUGAGAAAUAUUCAAGGACUCCAUGCACCUUUAAAGCUGCAGAUGGAAUUCAGAGCAGUGAAACAGGUCCAGCGUCUCCCAUUUCUUCACAGCUCAAACAUAGCACUGGAUACUCUGAGGGGAAAUGAUGAAUGCAUUGGUUUUGAGGACAUUCUUAAUGAUCCUUCACAGAGUGAGGUUAUGGGAGAACCACACAUGAUGAUGGAAUACAAGCUUGGUUUAUUGUAACAAAAUGUACUCCACAAAAAUGUUUUGUGCGUGUCUUUAUACUGCAGAUCUAAAUACAUGAUACUAAAUUGACACUCACAGUGUUAAGCAGUCCUACAGUUAUCAUUUGCCUUCCUUGAUGAAAAGGCACAUUAAAUGUUUAAAGUCUAUAAAUUGUUCUGUGCUUGUUGUCAAUUAUAUAAAUGUCCUGUAACUAGGUAAUUUAAGUAAUGUCUUCAUACACUGCUCAGGACAAUAGCUUCUUAACUAUGGAAAUGCUAUAUGUGUAUACAAGAAAUCCAAAAAUACCCAUGCAUUUUAAAACUGAUUACUGUAGGUAAAUGCAUUUAAUGGAUGUUCUUGCAGAAGAACUUUUUAAGGGGGAAAAGAAAGUAUUUUCCAUGGAGUAACUCUUUGUUCAUGAAAAUUUCCAUACACUUUUUAAACUAUUGAAUAAAAGUUUGCUAUAAA